AUGGGGACAGCAGCUCCAGACCUAUUAGUACAGCACGCGUUAGGAGCACUAAGCAGCCUACAGGGAUUCCCAGGAGGGUCAUUACCCCCUCCUCGGCUGCUGUCGCCUCAAUUCUCCGGUUCUCUUAACCGAAACUUCGUGCUGGAGAAUGAGGAAAUAGGUCGGGGUCGUUUCGGCGUGGUGCGGAGGUGUAGACACAGAGCGUCCAAUCGACCGUUCGUGUGCAAGUCUAUAAGCAAGAGUUCGUUACAGUCCGCGCAGCACAUUGACUCGUUACGGUCGGAGGUAGACGUCUUGCUGGCAGUGCGCGGGCUGCCGUGCGUGGUGCGAGUGGAGGAGGUGAUAGAGGAGCCCCACGUGGUGCACGUGGUCAUGGAGGCGUGCGGGCAGGGCGAUCUGUUCGACUACAUCGCGCAUUUCAACGGCAUGCCCGAGCCCCACGCCACCUGCCUCUUCAGGCAAAUAGUGGUGGCAGUGGCGGGGUGUCACAGCCUAGGCAUCAUACACCGAGACAUCAAGCCGGAAAACAUCUUCCUCGCCGUUAAUCCUGCCGCACCUGCUCCUCAUGCUGCUGCUCCUGCUGCUGCUGAGAAAACCUCUCCCAAUGCUUGCACCAACGCCAGCACUGCUUCUGCGGCUGCUGCUGUUCCUGCUUCUCCUGCUCCAGCCGCCAUGCCCGUUCCUCCCACCAGUCUCCUCAUGAGACUCGGCGAUUUCGGCCUUGCUCUGUUCCUGCACACCCAGCCUGGCGCCGAGGCUCGGGGGAGGGUCGGCAGCUCGUACUACAUGGCUCCAGAGGUGGUUCGGGGCGGCAGGUACGGGCUGCCAGCAGACGUGUGGAGCCUUGGGGUCAUCCUCUACAUCAUGCUCUCAGGAUUUGCCCUGGUGGAUGUUGAGGGUCUUUGGAGUUGCGAGUCCAGCAUGGCUUGA